CACAAACAUGGCUGUCCAGGUUUUCAUGGAUUGGAAAGGCAACCCCAUCAACAAAGACAAGCAUGGUGGAGCCAAAGCUGCAUUGUUCAUCUGCUUUAUGGUGCUGAUGACAAACAUGUCAUAUGCACCAACCUUUCUAAACUUGGUGACAUAUCUUCGUGGUACAAUGCAUAUGGAUGUUGCGACUGCGUCGACCACUGUGACUAACUUCUUCGGUACUACCUGCGCUUUCGCUUUGCUUGGCGGCUUCAUCUCCGACUCUUAUAUCACUAGAUUCAAAACCUUGCUUAUUUUUGCUCCCCUAGUUAUCCUUGGUUUUGUGAUGCUCACAUUACAAGCAUAUCUUCCAACUCUAAGACCACCAACAUGUGACACUUCUAGGCAACAAAGUGAUUGCAAGCAAGUCCAUGGCCCCAAAGCUAUUGUAUUGUACAUAGCCUUAUACAUUAUAGCAAUAGGUGAAGGCAGUUUAAGAGCCAACCUCCCACCAUUUGGUGCAGACCAGUUUGAUGAAGAUGAUAUAACCAAGUUGCGUCAUAAAUCUAGCUACUUCAACUGGUUAAACGUUUGCAUUUCUGGAGGAUCUGUAAUGGGUCUAACCCUAAUAGUGUGGACUGAGAACAGCAAAGGAUGGACCCAAGGUCUCUCUUUAACUUCAAUUGUUAUGUUACUUGGACUUAUAGUGCUUGCAUUUGGCUUUAAAUCCUAUCGUUAUCAGAUCCCAAGAGGCAGUCCCCUUACUCGGGUGUUACAGGUUUUGGUAGCUGCAUUUAGAAAAAGAAAUCUUCCCUCACCAGAAAAUGAAGUAGAAUUAUAUCAAGAAUCUCCCGAUGAAGAGAAAAUAGGAGAGAUACUACCACAGACAAAGAGUCUCAAAUUCCUAGACAAAGCUGCAAUUCUAAAUGGGUCAAGAGGGAAUUGGUCUCUUUGCACUGUCACCCAAGUAGAGGAAACAAAAAUCAUAAUUCGAAUGCUACCAAUCUUCCUCAGUGCUUUGCUUGCUUACAUUCCUGUACCUCAACUUUUGACAUUUACCAUUCAACAAGGAGGCACUAUGAACACCAAACUAGCUGGAAAAAUCAAUGUCUCUCCUGUCUCUCUUUUGACCAUCCCUAUACUUUUCCAAACAAUUUUCCUAAUCAUCUAUGAUAGGCUAUUUGUUCCAAUUGCAAGCAAGAUCACAGGACAUAGAACUGGUAUCACUCACUUGCAACGGAUCGGCGUUGGCUUCAUAAUAGUAUCACUAGCAGGUACUAUAGCUGCAUUGAUUGAGAGGAAAAGGAAAAGCAUUGUUGAGGAGCAAAAUUGGGUAAUUAACUCAGGAGCUCAUGUGGUGCCCAUCUCUGUUUUAUGGCUUGGAUUUCAAUUCUUUGCCAUUGUUAUCAUAGAUGUGUUUACAUAUGUUGGUUUGCUAGAGUUCUUCAAUAGUGAAGCAUCAAGGGGGAUGAAAUCACUAGGAACUGCCAUUUUCUGGUGUAUACUUGGGUUGUCAUCCUUGUUAGGCUCUACUCUUGUGGAAUUAGUCAACAAAUACACCAGAAAUAGAAGUAGGUUGGGAGAAAUUGGGUGGUUGGGAGGAAAUGAUUUGAAUCACAAUCAUCUUGAUCGUUUCUAUUGGUUGUUAGCCAUUCUUGGUCUUGUGGGGUUCUUUAACUAUUUGUUUUGGGCUAAAAGAUAUGUGGGGAGGAAAACUAAGGUUGAUUUGAGCAAUUGA